AUGUCCACCCAAACUGAAUCAGGGCCGUCCUCAGAUGCUGUCAUGACUCCACUGGAACAAUACGCAGCGUACAGAUUCGAUGCCGACGAUACAUAUCAGCAAGGUCUAGCGAGCAUUCUUGCAGGGGGAGCUCUAAACAACGCUUCAUCGCCCGAAGCAAAAGAGGAGAUCUUGCGCAGGACGAGGGUGUUCUAUUUCAACAAGAUGACCGGGAACUCUAUAACAAUGGAGGACGCGCGUGAAUACGAACUUUCUGUGCAGGCCGCGACGACUACGCCUUCUACGCUGGAACCAUCUGCGUCAACGACCGAGCAAUCCUCCUCAGCCCCAGAAGAAACCCGUGUCCUCACCUUCGCAGAACUAAAGGAGCUCAUCGAGACGGGAAAGGUGGACCAGAUUCCAAACAACAAAAUCAUUCCAGAGAAAUUCAGUGAGGAAGCACCCAGUCAAUCCACAGCUCCUGUGCGAAAGAAGCCUUGGGAGAUGGCAAACCCUGCCAUCGAAGUCCAACAGUCGUCUUAA